AUGGUUGUCUGCGUGAUCCUAGGAUCAAGAAAAUCCAUGAAAUUGAAAGAAGUCUUCAAACUCAACAGACGAGAUGAUAAUGCAAGCAUCUGCAGUGAAGAAAUGCCCGAAAUAUUGAAUUUCACCGCUGACGAAACAUUGCGACACCCGCACCAUUCCAGACCAUUUGUAGUACUUCCAUCCUGUACCAUGGAUAGUGAUGAUGAUAGUGAGUAUGAUGACGAAUAUGUUAACAUUGAAUGUGAGACCGAAUCCGAUCAUGAUGAUGCCGAAAAUGAAAGUAUUGCAGAGGAUGAAUCAUUUGAAGCUUUUG